CACAUGAUCACAAGAUGGCGGGUCCGACUGUUGUGAAGAAGAUCGUCUCGACUAAAUUUGAAACAGAUGACUUUCCACCUGGAUUACAGUGGUUUUCACCGCCGAAAAGCUACCAGUCCAAAGCUAACAAUGGAUCAGGGCUCAAACUCAACAUGGAUCCCCUAACAGACUUCUGGCAGAGAACAUACUAUGUUCCUGAGCUACGAAACGAUAAUGGUCACUUCCUGUACACAGUGAUAAAAGAAGACAAGGUGUAUGUGGAGACCGAGUUUGAGGUGCUGAGUACCAACAAGUUUGACCAGGCUGGGCUGAUGGUGAGACUGGACGGAGAUCACUGGGUCAAGACAGGUCUGGAGUAUUCGGACGGGGCGUGGCGGCUGAGUUGUGUGGUGACCAACUACAACAGCGACUGGUCCACCACCAAGUGGGACAGCAGCAAGCUCACUUUGCGCCUCUUCAGACUGGGAGACAGUAUUGUGGUUGAGAGGAAGGACCCUUCUUCUGACAACUGGGAGUUCAUCCGUAUAGCUCACCUCAACAACCCGCAAAAAGCAGACGUGAAGAUUGGUUUGUUUGCGUGUGAGCCAGUCACUGCACCAGGGUCUUCAGUGGUCUUCAACUACCUCAACAUCAACGAGACCGACGGCUUCCACCACACCAAUGCCUAACCGUUUUGGUUUGAUCAGGACAAGCUUGGGCAUAUGGGGGAUAAUGUGAUUAGUGUAUCAACUGAUAUCACUGUGCACAGUGUAAAAAUCAAGAGGGAAAAAGAAUGUUAUUUUUAACUUUUGCAAUAAGAAGUAAAUUCUUAGUUUUACAUCCUUGUUUCACAUUUAACUUUUACAGUAGUUUUUUGGCUGAUCUUGGUAUUGUUAUGAUGUUUAUGGUAGUCCCUAUUAGGGAUGUCAUGUAUUAUCAUGAUUAUGAUGCUGCACAAAGCCAUUGUUGGUCACAUUUCCUUAAAUGUGGGAGGCUGGGUUUUUGAAGAAUUAAGAAUCAGUGCAGGGCACUUUUAACGGGAUGAAAAUUAUAUUCUACAUUAUUGACCUUAACCAUGUACUUAAGAGAAAUUGUCCAUUUGAGAAUAUAUCAAUAUAUAUCUGACUUUAUAUACAUAUAUUUGUAUUGAGACUGUUGAAAGAUGUGUACUUGGAAAUAUUGUCAAAUAACAUUUCAAGUUAUAUCAGUUGUCAAGAUUAUGACACAUAUGGGAUAAAGUUAUCUGAAUGGUGUUGAGUUUUAUUAUUACCGGUAUAUAGCAUUCUGUAGACAGGAAGUUGAUCAUGUAUCACAGUGGUUGUAUAAAAGUCUGAAACACACUGGGUUCAAACUUGACAAGCUUAGGAGGUAGUUACUGUUACGAUAUCUAUCUUGUGAGGAAGAAAAAUCAAUGGUCAAGUUUCACAUUCUUCCUAAAAUGUGGAGUGCAGUGCUCCAGUGUGGACCUAUCUAGUCAGGAUUGUUCAGUGCUUUACCAGGGAUGUAAUUUUUAAUAGCAACGUUCUAUACCCAAGUGGGCAUUACAUUGUAUUUAAGUCAACUUGUGAACUCUAUACAUGCCUUGUACACCAUGGCAUGGUGUGUAGCGGGCAUUGCUCAUACUUAUGUAAUCUCAGGAUUUGUUCCAUCUAAAAGAAGUAUUUAAUGAUUUAUAUUAUCAAAAUGAUUUUCUUAUUAUAUGUGUGUCUAUUAAACUACCUCUGUGGCGUAAUGACUGCCUAGCGAUAGGAAGGACGUGGUUUGAUCCCCUGGCUGCAUCGUGACAAAGAUGUUAAAAGAUGGUACUUUUUGUUACCCUGUGCCAUUCAGCAUUUUGUGAUAAAAAAGGACUGUCUGUCUCAGAGUCGGUAUACUGUGUCAGUGUGGGGUAUCCAUGGUAUCUCAGUUGGUUAGCGCUAUAUACCUGGCAUAAGACUAUCGUAAGUUUAGGCCAGGCGUUUUAUAUUUUUCGGAUUACGGACCCGCCGACUCUAAUUUUUGAGAAAAUGUUAAAAGAAAUAAUCAGAUUUAUCAUCACCUUUUAAUAAAACACAUAUGAAUUUACUGUUGUAAAAUAGUAAAGAGAUACAUAAUCAAUCGUUGUUGAUCUCGAAGCCAAACAUGAAUAGCCUCCCUUGACAAUUGUCCGUGUUGUAAGUGGUAGAAUUUUUAUUGUUACAAGGGGCUGUAUUGUCACAAAUGGCGUUUUUUUUAGCUUUUUUUUCCCUUCUCCAACCCUGGACUUUGGGCUGAAAAAUCCGUAGUCCUAAAAAUAAAAAAAGCCUGGCCUAAGCAGCAGCAAACACUUGCAUAUUUAAUUGUUGCUUUGUGAGUGAGUUAUGUUGAAUACAAUGCUAAACCCCAUUUCACCUCGUCUACAUGCCUAUUUGUCUUGUGCAUCCCAAAUUCUUACAUUUUUGAAACAUGAAUAUUUGCAAUCUGUCCCAUUGAUAAUAAAAGCUUACUGCUAAA